UAGUAGUAUGGCGUCUAAAAGAGAAUUAAUACUGCUGUUUCUGAUUUCCUUCUGUUCUGUUGUCUGCUCAGCAUUUAAGUUUGAAGCAUGUUACUUACCAGAGAAAGCACGGGAUGUCAAGCCAAUCAGAUCAUAUCCUCGCCCCUAUGAGUCAAUGGACCUGAGUAGCCUCCCGACACAAUGGGACUGGCGGAAUGUGGAUGGAAAGAAUUAUGUGAGUCCCACAAGGAACCAGCAUAUCCCCCAUUUCUGCGGCUCCUGUUGGGCUAUGGGGUCAACAAGCGCACUUGCAGAUCGUAUUAACAUCAUGCGCAACGGUUCGUGGCCAUCGGCGUAUCUAUCUGCUCAGCACGUGAUCGAUUGCGGCAAUGCCGGCAGUUGUCACGGGGGCUUCGAUACCGGUGUGUACAAGUACGCCCAUGAGCAUGGGAUACCCGAUGAGACAUGCAACAACUACCAAGCCAUCGACCAAGAAUGCAAUCCACUGAACCAGUGCGGAACAUGCAGCCCCGAUGGCAAAUGUACACAGCUCUCCAACUAUACCAUCUACAAGGUAGCUGACUAUGGAGGGCUCACCGGGCGUGAUCAAAUGAUGGCAGAAAUAUAUCAAUCUGGACCGAUCAGCUGCGGCAUCGAUGCUAGUCCGAUGUUUCACAACUAUUCUGGGGGCGUGUAUAGUGAAUAUAAUACCAAGCCCUUGGUAAGUGAUUAG